GGGACAGCACGCCUGUUGCAGAGAAAACUCUCAAGAAACUGACUACUCGCCUUAUAGCAUUGGACAAGAGCCUGCGCAACGACGAAGAAGCAAAAUCGACAUCUGAUACUGCCUAUCUCAGUAAGCCGAACAGAGAUGAAUCACAGCACAAAGAGCAAGCACUUCCUGCCCAGUACGGUCAGAACAAAGGAAAAAGCCACCCUUCCAGUCAACAUGCUGGUAUACCGAGAACAUGCUGGGAGUGCAACUCCACUACGCAUGUUAGAGCUCAAUGCCGUCAAUACAAACGCCGGCGUGAGAGAGAAGGAGAAGAAGCGGACAGAAAAAGGAAGCGUUACGAUCGACAUGACAGAAGAGAUGAUAAACUAUGUAAGCUCCCAGGAGCAACUGGCCGAUGCACUCACGAAACCCCUGGCUGCUCCACGCUUCAAGUAUCUCCGUGACAAGAUUGGCGUUCGGGGUGUAGGGGAGGUGUAACUGAAGAGUUAAAGGAGGCUGAUAUUUCUUUUCUUAUUAUUUGUCUUGUGACACUGAACCUAGUAUUUAUGUCUGAUUCAAAUAUGCUGUGUAUUCUGUGCUCAUGUUUAUUUUUGGGGGUCCAGUUUGAGGGGAGGUGUUGAGUAUAAAAGAUAAACAAACUGGACAGUGCGGCAACGCAGGAUAGCCAGGAAAGAAGAGAGGGGGAGAAGGACCUACCCAGACAAAGGAAUAAGAGAGGGGGACUCAGUGCUGUUGACGAUUGUGGCUAGGCGAGUAGCAAUACAAAGCGUUCUUUGCAGCAAACAGGUUCACGUGUUAAUUUCUAUAUCAACACCUAUUACCAAUAACGAGGCAACCACUGCCAACUUGAUCAAUCAAAAUUUUUGAAUGCCGGGAACGAAAAUGCAGCUCUCGUUCCCGGCUUUGUUAAACCGACGUUGUUAAAGUGGCUGUACAAACAAUUGUUGUUGAAUAAAAAUAAGAGAGCUAGAGGACGACGCUUCACAAAUGAAGCACUUAUUCGCUUUUGUGUGAACUUCUAUUGUAUGGCCGGUAAAAAUUCGUAUGAAGUUCUGUGUGCAAAUUUUCACGGCGCCGUCCCUGGUCUGCGUACAGUCAAAUCGAAGCUCUCUCGGUACGAUAGAUCCGUCCCGGAAGGUGUAGUGAACGUCAAAUAUUUAAAGGAUUUCCUCAUUCAAAACAAUUUACCUCUCAUCGUGUCUAUUAGUGAAGACUGUACCGCUAUUGUGUCACAGAGAAAUUAUGACAGCGCUUCUAAUUCCGUGAUGGGUGUCAGUCUACCAAUGGAAGCAAACGGACUAAGAAAUCACAGACGCGCGGUAGUCACAGAUAUAAAAUCAAUUGUCGACGUGUUUGAAGAGUUCCCUCGAGCAACGCUGGUGCUUGUAGUUAUGGCGCAACCCCUAGUCGACAGCAUUCCGCCGAUCCGUAUUCUUACAUUUUGUACGGACAACAAGUUCACUGCGGAGGACGUAAAGGCUCGCAUGCAUUCGAUAAUAACAGCAUUAGCAGCGGAAGGGAUUCUUGCCCUUGUUUGUUCCGCAGACGGAGAUGCCCGCGAAAUGAAAUUUAUGCGUGAAACGGAAGAGCUGGGUCUUCCGGUUCCAAAAAGUAUCCCUGUUGGCCAGGAAACGCUUUAUUCCCUUAAAAAGUCAUAUUUUUAUUUUGCUGCUAUUAAAAUCGGAUGUGGCAUAUCAGUCCAGGAUCCCAUUCAUUUAGUGGCGAAGUUGCGAAUGAGACUAAUUAGAUCAGAAAAAUUUAUAGCGAUUGGCAAUUACAUUGCUUCACCGGUCCACUUGCAAACCCUAAUGAAUCAAUAUGAUAAAAGUCGACAUCUGCUAAAACCUGAGGAUCUCAACGCGCACGAUAAAAUGAACUAUGGAUCGGCAGAGAGAUUAUGUCAACCCCAUGUUUCCCAACUGCUCCAGCAUGUUGAAGGUUCGGAAGCGACGCAGUUCUAUCUUAGGUUGAUGAAUUACUCUGCUUCAAGUUUUUUGGAUAAAAAUUUGUCGCCACUGGAUCGAGUAUAUCGAAUGUGGUACGUGGUGUUCAGUCUACGACUGUGGCGCUAUUGGAUCACCUGUGAUAAGGCGUACACUUUGGCUGCAAAUUUUAUGACACUAAACGUGUAUCUUUGCGCCGAGUUUAACGCUCAUGCUUUGGUACUUAUAGUAUUAGCCUUAAAAGACAAACCAGAAGCUUUCAAACCAUGGCUGUGUACCAGCCAACCAUGUGAAAGUUACUUCAGAGGUGGCCGCUCUUGCACUACAAACUGCUCAACAAUGGUGAACUUUACCGCUCGCGAGUUUUUCAAAUCUCGAUGCCGCAAAAUUGAUGCAACCAUUCGCCUUACAUCAGACGGAGUGAAGGAUGGCCUGUCCUAUCCUCGUUUCGAGCGCCCUUUUGACCAGCCGACAAACCAACGCGUGUGGGAAAUGCCGUCGAUGGCAGAGAUGGACUGUAAAAUCCGCGUUGCUCUCGCCGAUGCCGAAAAAGAUUUGAAAAAACUAGGUUUGCGAGUAUCCGGCAAGGACAAGUAUUGCUUCAAUAAGCAGCUAGCUGAGCAACUUUUCAGAAUUAAAAAAACAAGAAAAAAAAAUGACAAUUCGACCUCGUCGGCCGAUUAUGAAUUUCUUGACGAGAGCGAUGAAUCGCAUUUUGACCUAAGAGAAGAUGUUUUCAGUCGAGAGGCUCAGGAAAAUAACUUGGAAGAAGGAGACAGGGAUUAUGAGUUCGACACUCUUGGGGCUGUCAUGAAUGGCACAUUCCGUGAUCUUUCAAAAACUCAUCCCGUUCAUGAUAACAUUAAAAACACAGCCUUUGCUACUCUUGUCCGACCUGAUGGACACACCCAAGUUGUUUCCAAACAGACAAUCUGUUGGUUUCUAGAGGGAAUGGUGUGGAAAAAUAGCAGCGACCGUAAGUGGAGAUUUGCAGGUUGCCCCUCUGGUUUUUUUAAAAGAAAAAGAACAAUCACAAAAGUUGAAAAAACUACCCUCAAAAACGGCCUUUGGGCAGUUUUCAUUACAGCAGAUGGACGAGAUUAUCUCCUCGGACAAGUUCUAGCCUUAGUUGCAAUGGAUGGGAAAAGUAUUCGUUGUGUGAAUGAGUGGAAUGUGGAUGAAAAAACAGAAACCCGUGUUCUGUGUCAAUGGUACAAUAUGGUUAGAGAAAACGGGAAGCUAACGGGUAAAUUGACUAGAACAUUUAUGUUCAGUAAUGGCUAUUAUUCCUGCAAAUACUAUAUAUGUACUUGUCCCAUCCCUAAUUCUGUUCAGCUUGAAGAUGAAGACGGUUUACUGUUUGAUGUAGAAGUUGUCAAUCAAUUGUCCCGCUUCUGUCAAUUUAAAGAAUAAAAUCUGACAACUCUGCUGUAUAACCGCCUCCGGUAAAACAAAAGUCCCAAAAAACCAUUUAUUUCGCUAGAAAAGUUAAAAAACACAAGAAAACCGGGAAAAGAAAAUAACCUACGCAUAAGCAAAAACCCUAUGUCUUGUUCAGUCUUGUUGUGCUAUUUGUCUAAUGGCGCGGAAAACUUUCCAAAAACAACAAAAAACUCUCACCUACAAAAAACUUUUUUUGAGUUUCCG